AUGACGAGCAGCAAUGGCUUCAAAGGCAGGUCGAAGCUUCGCCUGGGACCCUAUCACAACGAUCGAGAGAUCUGGUUGCCUCGUCCUACUUCUCCUGCUCUGCUGGUCGAACUUCCCCGCGAGUGCGGCAAGCUCUCGCGGCGUCGCUUCGGUGCUGUGGACAUCUUGGACCUGUCGCAGGAGGAGGUCGUUAAGAUUCUGCGAGGGGUGAAUACAGGGAAGGACGUGAUGAUCCGAGUGAACUCCUACGACCUCGCGAGCACGCUUGCAAGAACCUACAGCCUGAGACAUGUCAAGCGAGACCUCGACCGUCUCCUGCAGUCGUACCACUCAGACCAGCAGGCCAUUGACGUCCUCGAGGGCUUCCUCUCCCUCAUCUACUUCAUUGGCUUCUCCCUCCGCAAGCUGGACGCGGUCACGCACGAGUGUCAUAAGACGCUGCUGGAGUUGCUGGCGCGGACCAUGGAGUAUGGCUGCUCCCAGGAUCGGCGAUGCGUCUUGACGUGUCUGAUCGAGAUGUGCUACGGCAUGAAGCCCUUGAUCGCUGCCCUCAUAGCCGCUGGUGCCGUCCCGCUGGUCGCCAAGUCUCUGAGAAUAGCCGAAGAGCGAGGGGACCUGGCGGGGGCUAAGAACGAGAUCCAUCUGCUAGCGAUCCUGAGCACUAACCGCAGCUCUCACCGGGCGAUGAUGGAGGAGGGCAUCCCUCAGCUGCUCGCUCCCCUUGCCGAGAGUUACCGAGACAACAAGUUCGUCUGCUUGCGGUCCUUCCAGGUCCUGUGCGAGAUGUUUCGUGAUCAUGAGCUGGAGGAGCUGCCAGGCUGGUGGACUUCUCUGCCAGACAAGCCCUGCCUGCUGGACUGCCUGCUGGACAUGCUAGAGGCGUCGCUGCAGAAGGAAGCGAACCUGUUCGGGCUGGUGUGGCAGAUGCACACUCCGCUGCAGAGCAUCAGCGCCAUGUUGUCGAGAGAAGAGAACUGCAAGCUGGUGGCGCAUAAAAAGACUGUUGAGCUGCUUGCUGCAGCUAUCUACCAUCACCAUGAUGAUGCGUACUCACCGCACGAGGCUCUUGUUCUUGCAGUGAAGGCUCUGGACCAACUCAGUCAAGUGUCUGGACUAUGCGAUGACGUCGGGGCAGCAGAAGCGAUGAGAGGGUUGGGGUCCUUUGACGUGCGAAAACCGGAGCAAACCAAGGAGGACGAGGAGAAACCCGACAAUCCGGGGCGCCUCAACAAAAUACUUGGAAACGGAGGAGGCAGCAAAAACCGCUACUCCAACCAAGCAAGCGACGGCAUGCACGACAAGCAAGGGAACAAGGAUCAGGACAAAGAGCAGUAG